AUGUCGACCCGCUCACCUGCGUGCGUGGCCCUGCUGCCCCUCCCCCUCCUCCUCGUACUCAUCGCUCCUGCAUUCGGACAAUUAGACCUCAACCGAUUGGAUGGCGACAACGUCUGCCCGCCAAUGAGAAGCGGACAAGACGACCUUACAGGUUUUGAUCUGAUCACGCAGUUCCAGCUGGACGUGAUCCCCCUGAAGGGCGUGAGGAAGGUGGACGGCUCCACGAACCUGCAGGUGGCCUACCGCUUCGACAGGGCCAACUUCCAGAUUCCAACCAUGCUGAACUUUCCCCGCGGCUUCCCCGACGAGUACUCCGUCAUGGUGACGUUCCGCAUGAUCAAGAACACGGUGAGCAAAGUGUGGAACGUCUGGCAGAUAGUGGACCAGGACGGCUACAAGCAAGCCGGACUGAGGCUCAACGGGGACCUGCAGUCUCUGGAGUACUUCCUGAUGGGCGCCGACGGCAACCUGCAGACCGCCACCUUUCCCGGCCUCUCCGUGCUCUUCAACACCAAGUGGCACAAGGUGAUGAUCGGCGUGGAGCGCGACCACGUCACCCUGUACGUGGACUGCCAGCCUGUGGAUCAAAAGCCCAUCAAGGACAAGGGCCCCAUCAACACCGAGGGAGACACCCUCAUCGGCAGGCUGGACGCCGACCCCGAGGCCUCCGUAGUGUUCGAGCUCCAGUGGAUGUUGAUUCACUGCGACCCGAAGAGGGCCCAGAGAGAGAGCUGCAACGAGCUGCCCGCCACCGAGAUGUAUGCCAAUGCUGAGCCGGACAAAUCCAUCCAAGGCCCCCCAGGAGUCCCCGGCCAAGAGGGCCCCCGAGGGGCCGCGGGAGAAAAUGGCCGAGACGGAAGAGACGGUCUUCCAGGUUCUACCGGCAGUCCGGGAAAUACCGGCAGCAAAGGAGAGCAGGGGGAGAUCGGGCUACCGGGACAGAGAGGCCUGCCCGGCCUUCAAGGAUCUGGUGGUUCUUCUGGUCCGAUGGGCCCCAGAGGGCCCGUAGGGGAGAGGGGCCUCCCCGGCUUCCCCGGACUCCAAGGGCCUCCAGGACCGGCGAGCGAAGGCCCCACCGGACCUGCGGGGAAACCGGGAAUCCCAGGAGAUGAAGGAAACAUCGGGCCGGAGGGUCAACCUGGACGCAGAGGGGCAGCCGGCACCUCGGGGUCUUCUGGUCCUCCUGGUCCACCAGGACCCGCGGGGCCGCCUGGUGCCGGCCUGGAGGGGACCGGGGAGCCCUGUCCUGCCGCCUGCCCUGCUGGUCGACAGGGGUUGUCCGGGCUUCCAGGGGCGAAGGGACAUGCGGGUCUGGCUGGUGAACCCGGAACGGACGGAGCGGCUGGAGAAAAGGGAGAAGCUGGAGAGCAAGGUGGUAUGGGGCCAGCCGGACGGAUGGGAGAUGAUGGGCAAAGGGGUCCGAUUGGGUUUCCCGGUACUUUGGGGGAAAAGGGAGACAGAGGGCCUCCUGGUUUCAACGGGGUCCCCGGGCCGACCGGCCCCCCCGGAGCUCCCGGUGUGGAGGGGGUCCGUGGACGUCAAGGUCUGGAAGGGCCCGGCGGGGACGAGGGUGCUGUGGGACCUCAAGGAGAGCGAGGCGCUACGGGGGAGAAAGGAGACACCGGAGCGUCUGGUAAAGAUGGUUUAGACGGACUUCCUGGAUCCGAUGGAGCCAAGGGAGAGGCGGGCGCUGCUGGAGCUCAAGGUGUCAGAGGGAUUGUGGGUAUUCCAGGUCUGCCGGGAAAGCAGGGGCUCGUCGGACCCGCCGGUCCACAGGGUGAAGCCGGUGAAGAGGGGGCCGUCGGGCCGGUUGGACUUCCUGGAAAGAUCGGCGAGGCGGGAAGUGACGGAGAGGACGGGAAGCCAGGAGACAAAGGAGCCAACGGGGAAGCAGGAAAACAAGGACCAGUGGGCGCCGCUGGUCCUCCAGGCAUCCAUGGGGACAAAGGAGACAAAGGUUACACCGGCGCUGGCGGUCUGAAGGGUCAUCCCGGACACAAAGGGGAUCAGGGGCCCAUCGGACCAAUGGGACCGACAGGGGGGGUGGGGGACACAGGCAUGAUGGGAGAUGCAGGGGUCAAGGGCGACCAGGGCCCACCCGGUGUAACUGGAGUCAAAGGAGAGCGUGGCGAGAAGGGCCUUCGAGGAGCCACGGGAGACGAGGGCCGACCGGGCCAGACGGGCCACGAGGGCCUGGCCGGUCCGAUGGGCGCUCGGGGGCUGGACGGUGAACCGGGCCUGCCUGGAUCAUCCGGACCCAGAGGGCUACCUGGCCCGAAAGUGAACGACGAGAAGCUUCGGCAAAUGUGCUCCGCCGUAGUCGAAGAACAACUGGCAGAGUUCAUGAAAGAGUUCCUGAAGAAGCCGGCAGCCAUCGGUUCCCCCGGUACCGUUGGACCAGCGGGACUUCCCGGUCCCGCCGGUCCUGCCGGGGUCCCGGGAGCGGCGGGGCCUCCGGGGCUGAACGGCGCCAAAGGACAUCACGGCUUUUAUGGACUUCCGGGCGCACCGGGCAAAAAAGGUGAUGCUGGGGGCAAGGGAGACAAAGGAGGUAAAGGAGAGGACGGCGUGGGAAUCAAAGGAAGCUCAGGAGCACGAGGUGCACCAGGUGCACCGGGAGCUGAUGGCAUCGGCAUAAAUGGCAAAAACGGCCAACGGGGCGAGACGGGGACCCCCGGCGUCCCGGGAGCAGCCGGUCCACGGGGGCCGUCGGGGUCGCCCGGCCUCUGUGACCCCUCCACCUGCACCGGCAGGAUGCCCCCCCUCUACAUGUUGGGAGGGAAGAAGUCCCCCAGCUACAAACACUAA